CUGAACCGGCGCGGCGAGAUGCCCGACUCCGGUAAUGGCGGCUCCGUGUUCGACACGAUCGCGAACGUCAUUGGGCUGACGCCGGCGAAGCCGCUCAACAAAUUCGGCAAGAUCUGGUACCAGGUGUUCCUGUGGGCGCUCUUCUCCUCGCUCUUCGUGCACCUCGUCGCCGCGGCGAUCGCCUUCUGCCGCCUGCACAGCCACAAGUUCGGACGCUGGACGCCGCUGCUGAUCGUGGCGAUGGGCGUCGUGUCGCCGCUGACGGGCGGCGCGCUGACGAGCGCCGUCGUCGCGGGCGUUUACAGAUCCGCCGGCAUCGUCAUGCAGCCGCUCUUUGCGCUCUUCUGGGGCGUCGGGCAGACGAUCUUCGUGCUGCUCGUGUCGUUCUCGCGCAUUCUCGCCACGCUGUGAGACGCGCGCGCACACGCGGCGAAGUUUGCGCGACGUCGCGGAGCGGCGGAUACCGAUCGUUGGUGUCGUGUCGUUGGCGUGAACGCAUUUAUGCUAAACGUGCGUUUGGUCGUUUAGAGUACACGUGUGUUCGUGUGUUGAAAUGUCUCGAGCUGCGAGUUCUCGUGUGGAGAUCGUGCGUACUUUUGUGGUUUUAACGGUGCAAGUUGGAGAAUGCGUGUGGAUUUACGAGGGUGAUAGCAUAUAAAUUAUGUUUUUAAGUGAAGUCUGUUUUGGUGUCGUUAGUGAGGUAUGAGCAUUAUAAAAAUUUGUAAUAUCAUUUUUAAUAGUCCAUGCUUUCCUCCUUGGUAGCAGUGGGAUUGCUUGAAUACUCGUAUUCUCAAUGGUACAUGGUUGCACAAAAAAUUAUUGAACUGGUUUUCAGACACAGAAACUUCAUUCUUGUAUUAAUUAAGAUGUUCGUCAUGAAAAAAUGAAAAGUAUAUAAUUUUCUCUGUGUUAUUGCAACGAAGCAGGAACAGUAGGUGCUUUUUCUAAACAUGUCAGUUUUAAUAUCAGUUGUCACUCGUUUAUUUCUAUGUAAUAUAUGAUCAAUGUAUUGGCAAUAAAUGACCAUAGCAUGUA